AUGGAACUCAACCGAGAACAUUUUCGCGCCAUAAUUUAUUACAACUUGCAGAGACAAUUAUCGCAACAAGAAUGCCUUGCUGAGUUACUGUCUGUUUUCGGAAACGAAGCGCCACAUCAUCUUAGCGACGAUCCCAGGGUGGGUGCACCAAAAGCGCCAGUCACCCAGGAAAACGUCGAUGCUAUUGAGGCGUCCUUGAAGAUCUCAAAGACCUCAAUUCAAAAAAUUUUACAUGAAGAAUUAGGAGUAAGAAAAUUAGUUUCUCGUUGGAUACCCCACCUGUUGACUGAAGAGCAGAAAGCAGCCAGGGUUAAUUGUUGUCAAAAAACGCUUGACCCAUUGUUAUUGUCGGCUGUUUGGGUGUUCCAAGGUGAAGAAAAGUCAACAAAAGUCAUCCGUUCUCGAAGUGUUUCGAAAAAGAUGGUCGCGACAUUUGUGUCAAAAGCGGGUCAUAUUGCAACAAUUCCUCUUAAUAAACAAAGAACUGUUACUGCAGAUUGGUAUACCACCAUUUGUUUGGCAAAAGUCAUCACCGAGCUUAGAAAAAUCAACCCCGAAAGAAGAAGCAUCUUCCACCAAGACAAUGCAAGCUCGCACACAGCCCAUAAAACAAGGCAGCAUUUAACGGAAGAAAACGUGGAAUUAUCGGACCAUCCUCCAUAUAGUCCCGAUCUAAGUCCUAGCGAAUUCUUUACUUUCCCGAAAAUUAAAAACAGAGUGCUUGGUCAAAGGUUCCAAUCACCAGAAGAAGCUGUUGACGCAUUCAAAAAUGCCGUUUUGGAUCUGCCAGCAAACGAGUGGAAUAAGUACUUCGAAAAUUGGUUCGAGCGCAUGCAGAUCGACAGGCAGUAUGGUUUCGGCAUCAGCGAUCAACAAUAA